UAAGUGGGUUAAGGUGUUUCAGUGUUUUCAGUUUGGUGUAACAUUUUAUCAAUCCCUUCUAUAUUGUAUUUUUUUUCCAACCGGAUUGAUUUCGUUCUAUUCGCGAGUAUGUGGGACUGAAAACGUUAAACUGUGUUGUGCGGCCAACUGUUGCAAUAGAAUUGCUCCCGCGAUCCCUGGCUUUAGCCAGGAGAAAUCCCAAACCAAUAGUCUAUUCCAGCAGUCGGUCAGUCUUGGAGCAGAAACUUGGCGAGCGGAUGCAAAAUCUUCUACUAACUGUUGGCAAAGAACUUUCAGAUGACAGAUGAUCGAAAUUGUGUUCUAAGUGAAGGUGCGGUCUGCGUCCACCGAAAUUAAUCUGCGUGUCGAUCUCGGACGUUUCGGUUCGAUUCGGUCAGUGACUUAGUGAUGAAGGUUCAAUUUAUCACAAUUCAAACAGUGAGCACGAUUUUUGGUUAGCGCGGUCGAGAAAAAUAAAACCCGAUCGAGAGAGCACUCUCAACAUUUCCGAAGGUUAUGAUCAAGUGUAUCGAUUUGUCACCAUUUGCCGAUGCCAAACGUGCAAAUACAGCUUGUGAGCAAACAUCGCAGGAAAGCUUCCUUCAAGAAAGAAAAACAACAAAACGGCUGAGCUAAAGUAGUGUGCCUGAUUAAUGUUUAACAGAGGCAAAUGUUGAACUGAACAAACAACCCAAGCUGAUGAAAAGAAGCACCUCAAACAGGAAAGGUGCUUCAAGCCAGUUUAGUUCUAGUGCAGUGAAGAUCUCUCCCCACCCUUAAAAGUGAUAAGUGAUACUGAAUAAAAUGAUCAAGCGAAAAGCUCUCAUCUCGACAACGACGACGGUCAUCACACUUCUUUAUGGGCUGCUGAACUCGAAGGGAUCCAGAGCCUUCGACGUGUACUGGAACAUUCCCAGCUUCAUGUGCAAGCAGUAUGGGUUGGAUUUUUCGCACCUUGGCUACACCUAUGGGGUGGCCCAGAAUCCCAAGGACUCCUUCCGGGGAAAUGUCUUCACAAUCCUGUACGAUCCCGGUAAAUUUCCCGCAAUUUUCGAGAAAAAAGACACCAAUGUGCUGUACAAACGGAACGGAGGGGUUCCCCAGGAGGGGAAUCUUACCGAGCAUCUGGAAAUUUUUCGAAUGCACGUGGAGCAGCAAAUGCCGGAUCCCAAUUUUCCUGGUGUCGCCGUUAUUGAUUUUGAAUCGUGGAGGCCUAUUUAUAGGCAAAAUUUUGGAUCUCUUCAACCGUACAAGGAUCUCUCGAUGAAGAUCGAAAAGGAUCGACAUCCGUUGUAUAAUAAGAAGAUGCUGGAAGCUGAGGCCACCAGGCGCUUCGAAGCAACAGGCCAGGACUUCAUGGCCCAGACGCUGACGCUGGCCAAACAGCUGCGGCCCCAAGCAUCCUGGGGCUACUAUGCCUUCCCCUAUUGCUUCAACAUGAACGGACAUCCGGCCAACCAGCGGGAGGAUUGCGUGGCGGAAGUGCAGCGGGAAAAUGACCGAAUCCAAUGGCUUUUCGACGAUUCGGACAUCAUCUUUCCGUCGGUGUAUCUGCGUGAAAAGCUGAGCCCCGGGGAUCGAGUAAAAUUGGUCCGUGGCCGGGUCAAAGAAGCAGUCCGGGUGGCCCGAAACGUGCGUGGCUUCCCCUAUGGCCAAAAACCUCCGGUCCUCACGUACAUGCGGUACGUCUACACCGACACCAUCGGGUAUCUCACUGAGUCCGACUGGAUCAACACUCUGAAUGCGAUGAAGCAGCUCGGAUCCGAUGGCGUGAUUCUGUGGGGCAGCUCUUACGAUCUCAACACAAGGGAAAAAUGUUUCGAGUUUAAAAACUACAUGGACAACACCCUGGGUCCGAUUCUCGUGUCCCUGCAGCGAAGAUACUUCGUCGAAGGAUUAAAGCUAAGCGAUGAUGUUGGAUGUUAGAUGGAUUUUCUUAACAAUAUCCUGAAAAAAAAAUCAUUUAAAAAAGGCAACGUAAUCGAAACUUUUUUCCCGUUCACCAAAAAUGAGGAAGAAAAAAUGCAGCAACGAACCAAAUGUGAUCAACAGUCCCAAAAAAAUGUUAGCUUCGAAUAAUAAAAAAAAUCGAUGUAAAAAUUUUAAAACCAUUUCUAUACCCUUCGCUAGUAAGCCAGAUAAGACAAUUUAACGAGUAAGCGUCUUUUAUUUAUGAGUCCAAGUCGAAGUCGUUGUGCAGCAGAAGUUUAUUUGAGUAAGUAUAGGAAUCGUAAGAUGAAAACAAUAAAAAAAAA